CAUGGGAAUGAGAGCCAGGAAUUCAUGGGCACCCAGCUCGGUCAAGGGGGCGGGACCCAGUGCAGCCUGGCCCCUCCCUGCAUCAAGGCCUCAAAUACUGGCCCCUGCGCUGGUGUCACAGCUGCUGCCAGAGUCAGCGCAGUCCUGUGUCGGGUGUGCCCCCAGCCUAGACCAGGAUCCCCAUUCCUCCAGGACCCCCUGAGCCUUGGGCCGCAGCGCCCACAUCCCAGGUGAGUCUCCUGGCUGCACCGAGCUAGGGCUGGAUGGGCUGGGCCCUCUAUUUGGGCUGCGCUUCUCGCGCAGUGGGAAGGCAACAGUCGCUGAGAGCCCAGCAGUGCCCUGGGAGCCUGCAGAGAGCAAGGGCAGAUGCUGCUUCGCACUGGCCGGCACGGGGCGGCCACGGAGGAGACGGGUGGGUCGGUGGGUCUGACAACGGGUCUGCGUAGGCGGCCGCGUCUGUCCCUCCCAGCCCCGCGCUCCCCUCCAUGGGCUGGCCCUGGGCUCUGCUGGCCACGCUCUGGGCGCUGGAAGCCGCCGGGGCCUCUGCGCUGCGCAUCGGAGCCUUCAACAUCCAGAGCUUCGGGGACAGCAAAGUGUCGGAUCCGGAUUGCGGAAGCAUUAUCGCGAAGAUCCUGGCUGGCUAUGACCUCGCGCUGGUGCAGGAGGUGCGAGACCCGGACCUCAGUGCCGUAUCCGCGCUCAUGGAGCUGAUCAACAGCGUGUCCGAGCACGAGUACAGCUUUGUGAGCAGCCAGCCCCUGGGCCGGGACCAGUACAAGGAGAUGUACCUGUUCGUGUACAGGAAGGACGCUGUGUCGGUCGUGGACACCUACCAGUACCCAGACCCCGAGGACGCAUUCAGCCGUGAGCCCUUCGUCGUCAAGUUCGCCGCCGCUGGCCUAGGUGAGCGGGCCCCGCCCCUCCCCUUCCGCCGGCCCACCCCUCCCCACCUGCCGCCCCUGACGCCCCCACCCCUUCCCGCAGCUGCGCGGGAGCUGGUGCUGAUUCCGCUGCACGCGGCGCCUCACCAAGCCGUGGCGGAGAUCGAUGCGCUCUACGACGUGUACCUGGACGUGAUCGACAAGUGGGGCACGGACGACUUGCUGUUCCUUGGCGACUUCAACGCGGACUGCAGCUACGUGCGGGCGCAGGACUGGGCAGCCAUCCGUCUGAGGAGCAGUGAGAUCUUCAAGUGGCUCAUCCCCGACAGCGCCGACACCACAGUGGGGAACUCCGACUGCGCCUACGACCGCAUCGUGGCCUGCGGCGCCCGCCUGCGCCGGAGCCUGAAACCCCAGUCGGCCACCGUGCACGACUUCCAGAGGGAAUUCCGCCUGGACCAGGCUCAGGCUCUCGCCAUAAGCGACCACUUUCCGGUGGAGGUGACCCUCAAGUCGCACCGAUGACCUGAGGCCUGGCUGGGAUAUGCCACCUGCAGACCCUGGCCUUGAGGAAUGGCCCCAUAGUGGCCCCUUCAGCAUGGCUGCCACCCCUCAGUGAGGCCCCAAGGCAGGUCUGUGGGGCAUGGACCAGGGGCCAUGGACACCUGAUGGGCCGCUCCGAGCCUCCGUUCCCCAUCUGUGAGAUGAGCUGCAUCCACCGACGUCAUGGGGUGUUGUGAGGAGCCCCACAAGGGGUGUCAGACACACUGCCCCACAGACAUCCACUCAAUAAACGGGCUGCUCCCAGCUGGGCCCCGCAGCUUG